AUGGGAGGCUGGAGGAGUAGUGGGGAUGCGAGUAAUAUGUGGACCACGACAGCGAACUACAUUAAGGAAGCUGCUAUAGAGGUGUUAGGGGUAACGAAGGGUUAUUCGAGAGUUCACAAAGGGGACUGGUGGUGUAAUGAGGAGGUCCAAGGAAAACUAGAAGCUAAGAAAGCGGCUUAUCUGAAGCUAGUGAGGAGCAUCGAUGAGGAGGAUAAGAGGACAUGUUGGAAGUGUGAUAAGAAGGCAAGGAAAGAGGCAAAGAGGCGACAGAAGAUGUACAAGUUAGACAAGAUUAGGGAGAUAAAGGCUCGGGAGCUGGGCCAAGUGCGGUGCAUCAAAGACGAAGAGGGUAAGGUUCUAGUGGAAGAGGCGUGUAUCAGGCAUAGAUGGCAGGAGUACUUCUAUAGACUCUUGAACGAGGGAGGGGACAGGAAUAUCAUGCUAGGUGAGUUGGAAAUCGCAGGGAGACGAAGGGAAUUUUGGUUUUGUAGGCGUAUUACGAGCGAGGAGGUUGAGGGGGCUAUGUUGAAGAUGAGCAGGGGUAAGGCAACUGGGCCGGAUGAUAUCCCAAUGGAAUUUUGGAAAGAAGUGGGUCAUGCAGGCUUGGAGUGGCUUACUAGUUUGUUUGAUGUCAUUUUCAAGACGAAGAACAUGCCUGAAGACUGGCGAUGGAGUUUGGUGAUCCCAUUAUAUAAAAACAAAGGUGAAAUUCAGGAAUGUAACAGUUAUAGGGGUAUCAAGAUUAUGAGUCAUGCUUUGAAAGUAUGGGAGAGGAUGGUGGAGAGAAGGGUGCGACGUAAUGUUACUAUUUUCGAAAACCAGUUUAGAUUUAUGCAUGGAUGGUCUACUACAGAAGUCAUUAACCUUGUGAGGAGAUUGGUGGAGCAGUAUAGGGAGAGGAAGAAGGACUUGCAUAUAGUAUUCAUUGAUCUAGAGAAUGCCUAUUAUAAAGUCCCGAGAAACGUUUUAUGGAGAUGUAUGAAGGCUAGCAAAAUCUCGGUGGCGUACAUUAGGGUGAUUAAGGACAUGUACGAGGGCGCAAAGACUCGGGUGAGAACUGCGAAAGGAGACUCGAAUCAUUUUUCAAUGGAGAUGGGGUUGUAUCAUGGAUCAACUCUUAGCCUGUUUUUGUUUUCCAUAGCAUUAGAUAUGCUGACGCGACACAUACAAGGGGAAGUGCCCUGGUGUAUGUUAUUUGUUGAUGACAUAGUUUUGAUUGACGAAUCGUGGGACAAAGUUAACGCUAGUUUGGAUGUCUGGAGACAGAUGCUGGAGUCUAAAGGUUUCAAGUUGAUUAGGUCAAAAACUGAGUACUUGGAGUGCAAGUUCAGCGAUGGGAUGUAUGAAGAAGAAGUGAAAGUGAAGAUUGGUACUCAAGUCAUCCCCAAAAGAGAUAAUUUUAAGUAUCUUGGGUCUAUUUUUCAAGGCAACGGGGAGAUCGACGAGGAUGUUACUCAUUGUAUUGGAGCAGGGUGGAUGUGA